ACACGACAGACGACUGAGUUGCAGCUGCUGCUGGUAAAUUGUUACGCUUACCAUAUAUGAUCGUUCAAAUUGUUCGUUGCGACUCGUUAAUUAAUAAUCACAAUAUAAUAAUAUAAUAAUAUUAUAUUAAUAAUUGUUACGAGCGGCGCGCGUCGGAUGACGCGAUCACAUAACAAUUUACACCGACAUCGCAGUGGUUCCAAAACGGUCGAGGUACCACUGUACCAGCCGUACCACGGGCGCUCGGGGUCAUCGCGUGUUCUUUUGGCGGCCCGCAAUAGGAUAUCAGGGCCGAUCGGAACGGAAUCUGCCCAAUAGAUCGCGAUACUGCGAUAGGCAGGUCAUAGGCCCCAUCAGUCGUCGGACAAGACCAGACGAUGACAAUAUUAUAGAAAAAACUAUAUCGAUAAUACCGGCACGGCGGUGGCAUUCCGACCGUGUGCAGCGGCAUCCGCUGAAGACAUCGCUGGCUAUGGCAGGACCGACGAAAGUUCGUCGAAGGGGUGGGGAGGGGUCUGGGCGGUCGCGCACCGACCGUACUCCGCGACCCGCCGACGACCACAGAUGCUCGCCCACUUGUUAUAUCGCCACGCGGGCUGUUCCGUUCCGCCGAGCGAAAGCUCCGCAAUAAUAAUUUACGGUGGUAAGUAUAUAGACGUAGUCCGGCUGCAGUAGUGAUAUAUUAUUAUACAUAUUAUACGGAAAACACGGUACAGACCCGCCGAGGUUGGCAACAGUGCGGCCCGAUACUACAUGUACCGAUCGGUGAUCAUGCGUGUUUUCGUUCACCGAAGAACAUCUUCGCCGUCGUCGUAGUCGCCGCCGCCGCCGCCGUACGCGUCGUUACGUCUUUAGCGCCGUCGAAAGCGCUGCCCCCGCCGCGCCGUCCCGCGCGCACCAUCGUCGCUCUUCGGACCGAUUUCGUGUGUCGCGCUUCUGCCUUUUUCCGUUUUCCAUGUCCGAGGCACGUCCAGGCUAAGUCGUCCGGACUCAUUGCAGCCAAUCCACUCGGAAAGUCCAAGAACCAUGGACGCCUAAUAACACUGUAGAACCAGAAUCUUAUAGUUAUACUACUGAACCUAAAAACAUGAACCACUUAAAAGAUAAAAAGCCUAGUAGGCCUGAUAUUCAGGAGAUAUUAUCUAGAAUGAAAAAUCGAUUUAGUAAUGUGGAAGAUUCGGAUAAUGAUGACAUGGCAAAUGAAGAAAAUAUGGUUACAACAAGUGUGGUUGACACUACAAUAAAAGAAGAAUUUUCCAUAACAAAAAGCCCUGACGAUGAGAUUGCAGAACUUAUGCUCAAAUUGAAUGGACAAGUAGAUGAAGAAUUAGUGGCUAGUAUCAGAUCUAGAAAGAAAAUGUAUGAAAAUCAGCCUGAAGUCGAUAGUACGUCAACUACAAAUAAUUCUAAUGAAAUCGAGCAGGAAAAACCUAGAAUCAUCUUGACAUUGAGGCCUAAUGAAAAUAAACCGGAUUCUUAUGUGAGUUCUAGCAAUCUUACGGAUUACAGUUCCAAUAGCCCGAAAAGAAAAAAACAAAUCAACGAUGUCAGCACUGAAGUUAUACCUCUCAAAAGGUCUUCAAGAAGAUCUAACAACAGUAAUCAAUCAGUGUUGAAAUCUGCUAUUGCUCGAAAAGAAAGAACGUUCAGUAUUGAUAUGAAUUCAAAGAAAAAAUUACCUAAGAAAAUAAAAAUAGAACAAGAAGAAGUUGCUACUAAAGUUAAUGUUAUUCCCGUUAUUACACAACCUCCUAUUGAGAUUGAAAAUGAGGAUAUCAAAGAUGCACAAAUCAAAGAGGAAAUUAACGAAGAAAUUCUUACAGACCAUAAAAAGAAGAAAAAGAAGUUCUUUAGAGGUGGAAGAUACAAUAUUUUUAAAAAAAAACCUGUACAAAAAGUUAAGAAAGCAAUUUGUAAUCAAUUGAACUCUGAUCUUGUGAAUUUUGAUGCAGACUCGUCAGAAACUAAUUCAGAAAGACAUUCCAUCUCAGUUUGUAGCGAUAUAGGCACACUAAUGUCUAGUGAAAGAAAUGAUCAGGACGAUAUGGACAUCAGUAUCUCAACCGUUGAUACCGUUGAUACAGAAGAUAAAAUAAAUUACAGUAGUCUUGAAAUACAAGAAGUUAAUUUAUGUUUGUGUCAAGAACAUAUUCGAGUAGUUAUGGUUGAUGAAGGAAAAAUAUCUUGUAAAGCUCAUGAUUGCAUAGAUGGAAAAGUUUAUGCAUGCAAGAAUUUAGCGUCUCACUUAGAUGAAUAUGGCAACAUGCCCAUGUUAAGAGCAAAUGUUGUUCUACCUUAUGUGACAUACUGUCAACAUCAUAUGAGGCGGUUCUUUUUACACCACAGUUGCCCACGUUGUGGACGGUUUUGCUCAGAGGGUAUAUUUAUGAUGUGUAAAAAUAAACAUUUUUUCCACAUUGGUUGCCAUCAAAAUGAUAGGGGCUGUCUACACUGUGGUGACUCUGAUGUUUAUGAUUUUGAACUGAAAAGAAUUGUAAUUAAAUGUAAGAAACAAAUCCAGCUUAAUGAAGAGCUUACACAACAUAUUACUGUGGAAGUAGAUAAUAUAAAAUUAAGUACCCUCGAUUGUCCACCAGAAAUUGAUAUACAUGAAUUUUCUAAAUAUUUGCAACAACUUAAUGAUGAAAUUGUUGAUACCAAGCGCAUUAAGCACUCAGUUCAAGGACUCUAUGAAGCUUGUGAAUCAAAUAAUAUCAAAAAAGUUUUAUCAAUUAUUGGGGCAAAAUGCAAUCUUAUGUACCAAUUUCCUAGUAACCACAAUCGAACAGCAUUGCAUAUUGCAUGUAGACAAGGAAACCUAAUGAUUGUAUAUAUAUUACUAAAAGCUGGUGUUGAUCCAAACCUGGUUGAUAACAAAAUGAAAUCUCCCGUGAGAAUGGCUGCUAAAAUUGGUCACAGUGAUGUUGUUCAAUAUCUUAUAAACUUUAAUGGUAGCCCUGAAAUCAAAGAUAUACAGGGUAUGACCGCACUUCAUUUGGCUGCUAAGAAUGGAAAGUUAGAAUGUUGUAAAAUUAUACUUAAUAAACAACCUUCUAUGGUAAAUUGGAAGGAUAAUGGAGGAUGGACUCCUCUUGUGUGGGCUUGUGAAAAUAGUCAUAUUGAUGUUGUGAAGUUUUUUAUCACGUAUAAACCAAAUACGAGGAUAUCAGAUAAUGAAAAUAAUGUCGCAUUACAUUGGGCAGCAAUUUCUGGAUGUCUUGAAGUUGUUAAAAGUUUGGUGGAAUAUGAUUCCGAAGUAAACAUGUUCAAUGAAGCUGGUGAAACUGCGUUACAUAUUGCUGCUCGUAAAAAUGCUAUCGAUAUAGUAACUUUUCUAUUAGAUAAUGGAGCUAUGGCUUGGCAUAAAAACAAAGCGAAAAAAAGACCAAUAGAACUUUGUCUUCCAAAUUCAGAAUGCUAUAAUAUAUUAAAAAAUGUUUCGCCGGAACAACGUAAACCAGUUACUGUCAUACCACCUUUAACCACUGUUAAGUUAGAAUUUACUGAACCAGAACUUCAGAAGCCUCAAACACCUGUUUUUAUUAAGACCACUCCAGUUCUUAUGUCUGAAGAUAUAACUCAUGGCUGUGAGGAUACUCCAAUCAGAUGUGUGAAUGAAAUUGAUGAUGAAGUACCUGUUGAAUUUACGUACAUUAAAGAAAACUGUUACGAUGUAGGAAAUUAUGUUGAUUCCGCCAUGUCCCAUAUAGCUAGCUGUAGCUGUGAUGGUGCAUGCAACACAAGUGAUUGUAAAUGUGUACAAGCUAACGGUGACUGUUUGUACGAUGAAAAUGGAUGCUUGAAUUCAGAUUUUGAUUAUUUCAAUCCAAGUGUUAUAUUAUAUGAGUGCAAUUGGCGCUGUAGAUGUCAUAAACAACGGUGUGCCAAUAGAGUUAUACAAAAAGGUAUAAAAGUAGGAUUGGAACUGUUCAAGCAUAAAGAUAUGGGUUGGGGCGUAAGAGCACUGCAACCUAUAUCUCGAGGGACAUUUGUGUGCGAGUAUGUUGGUGAAAUAAUUACAGAUCAAAAAGCAAACGAUUUAAAAGAAGAUUCUUAUUUGUUUAAUCUGGAGAAUCCCGGAGCUGCUGAAUUAUAUUGUAUUGAUGCCUAUAACUAUAGCAAUGUGUCACGUUUUAUUAACCAUUCGUGUGAUCCAAAUCUAAUGUCCGUUCGAUCAUUUAUCAACCACCACGAUAAAAGGUUUCCUAGAAUAGCAUUUUUUGCUGUCCAAGACAUAAAAGAGAAUGAACAACUAAGUUAUGACUAUGGUAAAACUUUCUGGAAAGUGAAGGGUGGCUUGUUCACAUGUAAAUGUGACAAACCUAACUGUAGUUUUUCUGAUGAAACCAUCAAAAGCCUUCGUAUAGAUGAUUCAGAUAAUGAAGAGACAGAACUGGAUGGAAAUUCUGAACAAAGUAAAACAGAAAAAAUUAAACUGCCAAAUGAUAAAAUGUUAAUUCAAGAAGUGCCCGAGACCAGUAAGACAGUUCGUAAUUCAUUGCGACAAAGAACUAGAUUAUCUGUAGCUAAAAAUUCAUUACAACAAAAAACUGACCGCUCAAGUCCGUCCAGUAGUGAAUGUUCAUCAGUGACUAUAUGCAGUCUUAAAAAACACAAUUCUAAAGAAGCAAAUAUGAUGUCCAUACCUAAAAAUGAACAAUUAGGGAAAACUAAAACUAUUACUUUAAAUAGUGUUGUGAAAAACAAAGAACUUCCCAUAAGUGAAUCGAGCCAGUUGCUAAAGGUAAUUGAUAAACGAUCAUCAAAAGGUAAUGGUUCAAAAUCAAUACAAAACAAAUGUAACCAAGUUGUAAUAAAAAAAGGUUUGGGUAACAAAUUGUCAAAUGGAAACUCAAGACCAUCAAUUGUUAAAAAAAUAUUAUUGACUGGGAAAAAAGCAUCAGUAGAAACUACUGAAAAACAAAAACUUUGCAAUGGUAGUAAAGUGUCCCCAGGAUCAAUAAAAUCAACCAAUAACAAAUCUAUUAAAAAUUAUGUAUUAAGACAUAAAGCAUUGAAUCCUAACAAAAAAACUAUUAAAAAUAUUCCAUCUGAUGGUACAUCUCAAAAUAAUGGUUUCAAAUGUUAUAGUUUAAUUAACAAUCUUAGGGUUGGUAUCUCAUCAGAUACUUCAAGUCGUAACCUUAAAACAACUAGAGAUUCAAAAAAUAACAAUCAGUUAAUAGAUUUUAUUAAAACUGAACGAAUUGGUGAAGAAUCUAAAACCAAACCAAACAUGGUUAAUGGACAACAUAAGCAUGUCGAGCGUCAAAGAACUUCUGUAUCUGAGGAAGUCAAAGUAAAACCUAAUGAUGAAUUAUAUAUUAUAAACGGUUGUAAUGAUGAAAGCUUUCCCCAUGCUGAUCAAGAAAGGUAGUUGGUCCUCCUCAAUGGGAUUGCCGAAAUUAAUAUUACCAUAAUGAUAACAUUUAAUUAAAUUAUUAAGGUUUGAAUGAUACAUUUUUCAAAGAUUACCUAAGGUUUAUUACCUUUUGGGACUUAUUAGACUGAUAAUUUCUAUUCAAUUUGUAAUUUCAAAGUUAAUUGAUAUCAGAAAGUACCUAUUGGCAGUGAUAAUUGUAAUUGAUGCAGCAAUAUACCUUAAGAUCUUUUAAGAUUAAAAUCAAAUUAUUUUAGCAAUUUAAAUGACUGAAUAUCUAACUUGAUUUUAUUAAUUACUGAUUGUAAUAACUAAUAACUGAUAUUGAUUAUCAAUUUAAUUUUUUAAAUACCAUUUUUUUAAAAACUUGAAAUUUAUCAUCCAUUAAUAUUACAGUACCACUAGAAAUUUAAAACAUGUAUAGAUGAAGAACCAAAAUUUCAUGAAGUUGUAUAAUUUAAUGUAAAGUUAGUUCAUUAUGUAUAUGAAAAAAAAAUAUAUAUAUAUUUACGUAGUUGCAUAAGUUUGAUUUGUAUUUGUGGAUGGAAUGCAACUCUAGUCAUUUGGUCUUCCUAAUCGAGUUAAAUAAAUAAACUUGAAUCUUAAAAUUCUAUA